AUGGCGCUUUCGAUUUUUGUGCCGAUCGCGUAUAUCGCGUCGCUGUUUGCGGCACUUGCGCUAUUUAGCAAAGUAUACCGCUCGCGUACGCAGCGGCUCUGGCGUCAAUACCAAGAGUCUACCGCGGCGGACAAGAGUAUGGUGCCUGCGCGUGCGAUUUACAAUGCGCUGGCAGAAGUGCAGGACGAGUACCCCGAUGAAGACCCUACGAGCCCCGCAUGGGUUGUUCCCCGAGCGACACUGCAAGGCGCGCUUCUAGCGCGCGCGGUGACUGCACUUCGAAACAUGGCCGAGUUGCGCGAGAAUAAGAGCGCGCUCACGAGCCUGCUCGAGAAAGGCUCUGUCGGCGACGACGCUGCGGCUCUGCUCGAGACGAUGGACCAGGAUCUGCGUGUAGAAGUGACACAUAUUGUCCGCGAGGCAGGGCGCUUUGAUGAAUCGUGGAGCAAGCUUAUUUUCGAGAGCGCAAACCAGGUGUCUACCAAUAUGCGGUAUCGCGAUAUCGUGCUUGACAUCAACAAACAGCGCGAUGAAGAGACUGCCAAGACCCAUCAGUUGGGCCUCGAGGUGCAUCGGAUGGAGAAAUAG